UGUGGCAGACAGGAGCAGGUGUACGAUGUCCGUGUGGCAGCAGGAGCCGUCGGCGUACUCGCCGUGCGUGGAGAUCGACUCCAGCUCGGUGAGGACCAAAGAGCGUCUGUGCUCGCCGUCGUGGCUGAAGCAGGAGCAGGACGAGCUGCGCAUCAUCAAGUGGGAGAACUUCCACUCCGACGCCGUGCAGGACGCCACCCCCAGCAGCGCCGCGUCCGCCUCGCAUGGCGAAGGCCUCCCCCCGAGGGUGCUGCUGACCAUCACCAAGCUGCAGUGCAUGCUGGAGAGCAAGCAGGAGCGCAUCGCCGCGCUGGAGCGCCAGGUGGAGGACCUGAUGCAGGACCGCAAGUUCCUGCGCAGCCAAAUCGAGAACCUCACCAGCAACCGCGGCGCCCCCGCCUUCACGUCGCCCGCCUUCACCUCGCCCGCUCCGGCCAUCGAAGCUCCCAGACCCAGCAGGGCGCCGCAUCCGGACAAGUCCCGGAAGAGAGAAAAAGCCUCGUCCGGCUCCUCCAGCGGCGGCGGCAGCAGCUCGGAGGAGUCCGAGUCUUCCCAAGUGUCUGCGGCGUCCAGCGACCACCGGAGGAAGAAACACCACAAGGACAAGAAGAAGAAGAGGAGCAAAGACUACAGCCGGAAGAGAGCCACCGGCGUGCAGUACGUCAUCCACCGCUACAAACAGGUCCUCUCCGCCUUCGUCAAGAAGAAGAGCAUGAGCGAAGCCUUCCGCCAUCUGGGAAUCGACCGCAACACCAUCGCCAACACGGCCUCCAUCGCCGAGCUCCACCUGGCCGGCAAAGACAUGGUCCCCCUGGUGGGGAUGUUCCGCCAGGGGGAGGAGACUCUGGUCAGCUACGCCCAGAGGUGCACGCUGGUCAUCGACAGCGACGCCGAACUCUCCAGGAAGAUCGAGCAGAUGAAAGCCAACGGCGAGCUGCUGCCCAUCUCCGGGAAGCGGUCCAGGGCGCUGCAUUCUCACCUGCAGUCACUAGGGGGCGGUGCAGACAGCAUUUUGAUAGGUUGAUGGAGCCUUCAGCUGUGGCUGCAGUGGUAGUUUAUGAAUGAGGUGUGAAUGAAUAAUGGAUACACAAUGUAAGGAUUAGAUAAAUCUAAUCCAUUAUUAUUAUUAUUAUUAUUAUUAAAAUGUUUUUUAUCUGAAAAACUUUUUUAAAAAUUUGAAUCGGUGUAGGACUAAGAACGGCCACUAGAUGGCAGCAAAACCUUUUCUGAUUUCAAACUGGUUGUAAAAUCUGCUUCUUAUUGUGUGAUUUUUCUGUCCUGUGAGGUGAUCUGAGGAUCUAUAAACCGCUAAAACAAAGAAA